UUUGGUGGUGAAAAGUAUUAUUCACGUUCAAAAGUGAUAGCCCCGCCCUUUCCUGCUCUGGAAAGCAUGAAACCUCCCACAUCAUCAUCAUCAUCAUAAUCCCAUGUCACUGUUCCCACCUGCUCUCCUUUUAUACAAACAAAGGAGUCCCACCCCCACCAACCCUACCAACACCACCUUCUGGUGAAGACCACCUCCACUCACUCCCGGAUCAAAACCUCCUGAGGACCAUCUUUGUUUCUUCUCCUCAACUUUACUAGGCGUGGUUCUCCACCCCCCGCCAUGGUUCUGUGCGGCGAGGGCGACUGCUGCGUGUGCCUGCUGGCGUUCUCGCGGGCGGAGCGCAUCCCGCGUCAGCUGCACUGCCAACACACUUUCUGCCAGCCCUGCCUGGAGACCCUGCAGACGCGGGCCAAGAGCGGGCUGCUCACCGUGGGCUGCCCGCUGUGUCGCCGGGUCACCUGCAUCCGGGCGGGCCUCAGCCUGCAGGAGGCGCUGUGGGUGGACAGCGGCGUGUGGGAGCAGAUAGACCACGGCGGCGAAGACCACGGCGGCGAAGAAGGCGGCACCGGAAACGAGACGGCGGCAGCAGAAUGCACGGCCCAUGACGGCGUGUCCAGAAGCAAGCGCAGGCUGAGCACGUUCUUCAGGAAGCUGAGGCUGAGCAAACGUCGUCAAGAGACGAUCGUGCCCAGCAGCAACGUGGAAAUGAAGUCGUGGCGCAGACUUCCUGCUGAAGAAGCAGCAUGACGGAGAAGAAGAGUGGCGUGAUGACCUAUUGUCCUCCCAGCUGCUGCUCCAGAGGGCAGAUGGCCGACUCGGGACGUUGGACAAGUAAACAAUUUGCAUGAGGGGCAACAAAAGGCCACUCGAGUGUGUGCGUGAGGCGCGGGAACACAGCGGCUCACGUCUGGCCACUAAAGAGCCGCUGGAGCGUGAAAGAGGAUUGUGGAGAGUUGGCUGAGCAUCUGGCAACCCUGCCGUGUUGCAACAAGACCAGCAUCUGGCAACCCUGCCGUGUUGCAACAAAACCAGUAUCUGGCAACCCUGCCGUGUUGCAACAAAGACGAGCAUCUGGCAACCCUGCCGUGUUGCAACAAGACCAGGAUCUGGCAACCCUGCCGUGUUGCAACAGGACAAGCAUCUGGCAACCCUGCCGUGCUGCAACAAAGACGAGCAUCUGGCAACCCUGCCGUGCUGCAACAAAGAAAAGCAUCUGGCAACCCUGCCGUGUUGCAACAGGACGAGCAUCUGGCAACCCUGCCGUGUUGCAACAAGACGAGCAUCUGGCAACCCUGCC